AUGGACCAGUAUGGGCCAGUACGGGCCAGUAUGGGCCAGUAUGGACCAGUAUGGACCAGUAUGGACUCUGAUAACCCAGUAGGGGCCAGUAUGGACCAGUAUGGACCAGUAUGGGCUAAGAUGGACCAGUAUGGCCCAGUACAGACCAAAAGGGGGGCCAAGUGGGUGCAGGAGGAGGCCCCGGACGUUCUGUGCCUGCAGGAGACGAAGUGCGGGGGCUCCUCCGUGCCCGCCGAGGUUCGGGACCUGCCGGGGCUGCCCCACCAGUUCUGGGCCAGCGCCGAGGGCCGGCCUGGCUACAGCGGGGUGGGGCUGCUGGCCCGGACAGAGCCCAUCAGCGUCACCUACGGCAUCGGAUCUGCCGAGCACGACGCGGAGGGCCGGGUGAUCACGGCCGAGUUCCCGGCGCUCUUCGUGGUCAGCGCCUACGUUCCCAACGCCGGGCGGGGCCUGGCGCGCCUGGAGCCGCGGCUGCGCUGGGACUCGGCCUUCCUGGACUUCCUGCGGGGCCUGGACGCCCGCAAGCCCGUGCUGCUGUGCGGGGACCUCAACGUGGCGCACCGCGAGAUCGACCUGUGCCACCCGGGCUCCAACCGCGCCAGCGCCGGCUUCACGCCCCAGGAGCGCGAGGGCUUCUCGCGCCUGCUGGGCGCCGGCUUCGUCGACUCCUUCCGCCGCCUGUACCCCGAGGCGCGCGGCGCCUUCACCUUCUGGACCUACCUGGGCGGCGCCCGCGCCCGCAACGUGGGCUGGCGCCUCGACUACUUCGUGCUGUCGCGGCGCCUGGCCGACGACGCCCUGUGCGACAGCAAGAUCCGCCAGGCCGUGCCCGGCAGCGACCACUGCCCCAUCACCGCCUACCUGGCGCUCUAGGGCUGCCAGCAGGUCGGACCGAACGGCGCCAGAUCGGCCCAAACGGCACCAGAUCGGCCCAAAAACGGCACUAAAUUGGCUCAAGCGGCACCAAAUUGGCUUAAACGGCACCAAAUCGGUCUGAACGGCGCUAAAUCAGCCUAAACGGCACCAAAUUGGCCUAAACAGCACCAAAUUGGCCCGAACGGCGCCAAAUCGGCCUGAACGGCACCAAAUCAGCCCAAACGGCACCAAAUCGGCCCAAACGGCACCAAAUUGGCCCAAACGGCACCAAAUCGGCCCAAACAGCACCAAAUCGGCCUAAAUGGCACCAAAUUGGCCCAAAAAUGGCAUUAAAUUGGCCCAAAAACGGCACCAAAUCGGCCUAAAUGGCACCAAAUUGGCCUAAACGGCACCAAAUCGGCCCAAACGGCACCAAAUUGGCUUAAAUGGCACUAAAUUGGCCCAAAAAUGGCACUAAAUUGGCCUAAAUGGCACCAAAUUGGCUUAAAUGGCACCAAAUCAGCCUAAACGGCAACAAAUUUGCCCAAAAACGGCACCAAAUUGGCCCAAAAAAACGUGCUCGGAACGAGACGAAAUUUACGCGAAACGGCCCAGAAUUGGCUCAAAAUGACCCAGAAUUGGCUCGAAACGGCCCAAAAAUCGGCCUGAACUGGCCGAUUCAGUUCCCUCCGAAUGGCCCCAAAUUUGCCGAAUCUCAGCACGAAGCCACCCAGAGCUGGGCUUUGAUGACGUCACCAGCUCAUUUAGCCUCCGAUUUGGCCCCUCCCUCCACCCCGCAGGCCCUCCCCCACCCUGCAGGCCCCUCCCCUUUCCCGUAGGCCCCUCCCCUACCUGGAUGUAUUUUAAUAAAGCUGAACUUUU